AGUUCAACGACAAAUUUUUUCUUUCCAUAAUCCCCCCUAUUCGACAGGACACACACAGUUGUACUCUUUUGUGUAAAAGAGCCUUGUUUUUCUGUUUGUUUCCUUCCUUUCUUUUUCCUUUUCUACUUCUAUUUUGCAGCUUUUCAUCAGUGCAUUGGAUCUCUUUUCGUGGAAGCCACUAAAUACAUUAUAAUAAAAAAAAGCAGAAAAUGUACUCGCCAGAUCAAUGGGAAAUUCUUUCCGAAAUUAAUAGUGUCACUUGCAUUACUAUCAUUUCACUGAUAUUCGGAAGAAAAGUGGCUAGUAUUGAUGGACCUUUACAUUACGUUCGACUUCUAUUGCUGCUAAUUUAUGGUGCAACCUGGGCUUUCUGUUUGAUUGCCUGUAUGUUAACCAGUACGAAUAACGGCAACCUCGUAUCAUGUACCUUGACCAACUUCAAUUGUAUCAUCAUCUAUACAAUCACGAAAAUAUUUUUAUUUCUUUAUUUCAUUGAGAAGAUCCAUAUCAUAUCGGUUCCGAAGACAUCCCGCUUCAGAUCACCUUUAUACCUUGUAAACCUUGGCCUUUUGAUUCCUCAAAUUGCAGUAGUAGUCCUGCAGGUUAUAUACCGCCUCAGUAUUAUUCGCAAUCAAUAUCCAUUUCAUUGUUUAGUCGGUUAUGGAUUGCCAGCCACUGCUGCUACCCUCUGUUAUGAUGUCCUUUUAUCUGCCUUAUAUAUUGGCAUCUUUGUCAAGUACUAUUAUUUCCCAAAUACGGCUCAACAAACAGCCCAUCAAUCCUCUUCAUUACACAUGAUGGCAAAACGAAAUACUAUUGCAGCCAUUACUACUUUAUUGACAUCAGCUAUCAACUAUGUGCUUCUAAUUUGCUUAGGCGGAGAAGAACGUGGAUUGGUUGCUUCCAGCGUAAUCACUUUGUGUCUCACAAUUGACUGUAUGCUUGUGCAUUGGGUUACAACACAUCCCGCGGAGAUUCAAUUGAAUGAAAGAGCCCUUCAGAGAGUCAACGGAGACAAACCAGCCAGAUUGGAGAUCAAACAACAUCAAGAAGUAGUCAUUUUAACAGAGUUGAACAAUCGAGCUUAAAUUAGUAUGAAGUCCUUUGUCAUCAUGAACAACUACUGAUGCCUUGUGCACCCGACUAUCGCAAGGUUUUCAGCCCUCUUUCUUUUUAGACUACCUUCCUCCUUUGUUUCCUAGUUCUUUUAUAUAUACUCCUUACUCCUUAAAACCUUAUUUUCUUAACUAACUAAUUCUUCCUUACUUAAUUUGCCCUCUUUGAAAAUGCGCAAUUCAUAGCAUUACACAAACGCAUUUGUAGCACAUGUGCUUAACAAUAUUCAUCAUUAUUUUUAAUUUUCAAUAAACCCGGCAUUUUCAUACAAUGGAAAACG